AUGGAGCUUCCGAAGAACGCCGUCGACAAGAGCACGAAGCGGACGGGUCUGGGCCGUUGCAGGCAUUUCUUUUGGCUGGGCGUCGCUUUCGACACGGUGGGCGCGACCCUGCUGUUCACCGGGGUCUUCGCCGAUCUGCUCUUCUACGACCUGCUGCUCUACCUGGGUUCCAUCAUCAUCUUCCUCAGCCUCCUCUGGUGGGUCUUCUGGUACACCGGCAACAUCGAACUGACUUCCGAAGAGGCCUUGAACAGGUCCUACCUCUUGCCCUCCGCCACUGUACUGGAAGCCCUGAACCAGACCAUCAGUAACCGCUUGUCUUUAACCAUCGGCAGCAUUUCCAGCACCUUUUUGCGGAUCCGCCGGCGGCGGCGGCGGUGGCACCGCAGGAGGUUCCUGGAAGGGACUGCUUCUCUGAAUAUGACUGUCACCGGCCAGGUCGAAAACCAGCCAGCAGGGGGACCAGGACAAAGACGGGAUGAAAAGUGUCAAGGAGAGCGGCGACGUUGAAUACUUUGGCAGAGAGGAUCUGCCCAAAUCUGAGGCUGUCGAAAGUUUAAAGGGAGUUUGCUCUCUGGGACCUGAUGCCCGUCCCCUGGGUCCUAAGGCUGGUGUGCUGAGGUUUGUUGAAGGACAGUCAGUCCCUCUGGUGCAGCCAUUCACUCCAUCUUCUCUGGACCAGCCUCUAACUCCAGCCAUCCUGGCCUCUAAGAGCCUGCCCACAGUCCCUUUGGCUUCUAAGAGCCAAUGUCUACCUAUUCUGACUUCUAAGAGCCAGCCUGUAGUUUCCUUGGCUUCCAUGAGCCAGCCUCCUGCAGUCACUCUUGCCUCUGAGAUCCUGCCUUCUGUCUCCUUGUCCUCUCAGAGUCAGCCUCUGGCUAUCCUUACCACGGCUAUCUCUGUGGCCUCUCAGGGCUUCCCCCUGGUACCUGUGGCUGCUCAGAGCCACCUCCGGAUCCCUCUGGCUUCACAGAGCCAGCUCCAGAAUCUUUUUCAGACCAGUCAAACUCAGCCACCACCUGUUCAGGCUUCUGAAGCCCAGAGUCUGGCCACCCCCGUCUCUCUGCUCCAGCUUCUGCCCACUCAGUCUUUUCAGACCCAACCCGUGGACCCUCACGUGGCUGAGGCUUUCCAUGACUUUCAGGCCUUGUAUCAUACCCAGCAGGCCUCCCAGAGCAGCUCUUUAGUCCAAAGGAUUGGACCAAGCCGGUCUCCAUCUGCCCCAGAGAUUCAGGAAAAGCCAGUUGCUUUCAAGAGCCCGCCACCAGCAGGCCAGGAGAAACCCACUGACACUGCAUCCCUGCUCCCUGAGUCCCCAGCUCCAGCUGCUCAAACCCAGCCGUCAGCGCCCCCGGGAGGGCGCUCACCCCCGUCCCAGGAGAGGAAGCGCUACUCUCUAGCACAGAACCAGACCCCAGCCCUCUGAGUGGCCCUCAGGCCUCCGCCAAAGCUCACCAAGAUUUCUUCAGAUUUAAGUGCCAAGUUUAUAAAAGUGCACUUACCUUAGUCUCGUUCUGGAAGCCUCCGUCUGGAGCCCUGACCUGUGUCAGACCAGAGGACUUAACCAGACUGCCUCUGCCUAGUACACACGUUUCAGUGUUGGAGAGCAUUUUCCAGCUUCAGAUAAUAAAGUUACUUAUUGCCAGUAUUUUGAGCCAUAAUAAACUGUGCUAUUCCAAAUGAACUUUGUUUUAAAAUAAGUUGACUUUUAAAAUAGACUUCUCUUGUGAAAGCACUCCAGCAUUCCAAGUGGAAAAUAGCAUCUCACGUACUUUGGGUGAAGAUGUAAGUACAAUUCUCACAGAAAAUGGACAUUGAAAAAUGCAGCUCUUUGUACCUAAGGAUACUUUGUGACCUCAUUAGCUAUCAGAAAGGUUAUUACAAUCUAUAUAUUAUAAUACGCUAUAAUUUACAUUUAUAUGUUCAUUUGGUUUAAGUAACCUGAGUUUCCCUUUUGCCAGGGAUUUAAGAUUUGCUGAUUUAAUUGCAUAUUUUAAUGAUAAUCAAAUAAAAUUCAUUUGGGACUGUUCUCUUCUUCCUUUGUAUCGGUGCAUUGUUUAUGCAAGGAUGCACUAAUAUAGGGAUAGUUUCCUUUUAAAAUUGCCAGUUAUAGGCAAAAGUACAUUUUUAGGUGGUAAAGUACUUUGGAUCAAAACUUCCAAAAAUUUUAGCUGUUUUUUAUAUUUCUUCCCCCUUUCUGUCCUAUGCUUCAGUAUUUCUAUAUUUAUAGUUUGAAAAUUUUUAACCCAAGCUGGAAAUUGCAAAUACUUGGAAAAAAGAAUGAAAGGACAUUGCGUUAAGUGUGAUAAGCCAGUCACAACAAGACAACAUACUGUAGGAGUCCACUUCAUGAGAUUUCUCCUAUCAGAGGAUCAAAUUCAUAGAGACAAGAGAGUAGAAUGGUGGUUGCUAAGGGCUGGGGAGAGUGCGGAAGGGCAGUUAUUUAAUGGGUACAGAGUUUGAGAUGAAAAAAGUUCUGAAGAUGGUCACCUUGAAGAAAAAUAGAAACAGUUUUAAUCAUCUUAAUCAAUACAGAUGUUUAUGUAUUUUAAGAACACUGGGUCCCCAAAUGACUGACUGCCUUGAGCAGAGCUGCCCACCAACCUGGACUGCACACAUCAGGCCUUAGCAUGAAGGAAAAAUUAAUCUCAUUAUUUAAAAAAAAUAAUAAUUAACAAAAAUAAAGCCACUAAACUUUUC